AUGGCGACAGGACGUGUCAGUGAGAGUUCCGCCAAUCUGAGCCAAAAUCUAGCUGAAUCUUUACUAGAUUUUGUAAACGAUCACUCUUCUAGCAUCUGGGAAACUACUAACACAAAACAAACAGAACCUAUUCUGCUAGAAAAUAGUAAAGAUCUUAGUUCUGACAACAACAACGAUUUUGAAGUCAAACACAGUUUAAUUCAAUGUGAUGGUUCACGACUCCUACAACAUUUACAACUAAAUAGUAGUCGAUUACUAUGGAAAGGAAGCCUAGAAAUGCUUAAUUAUGAAUCCUAUGAGCGAGUUGUUACAAGAACAGGGCAAGUGGUCUUCGCCUGGUGGUGGAGCGAAGCGAUUUAA